AUGGACGUUUAUUUUCAGCCCCUUGUCUAUGAUCUGCUUGAUAUGUUUAUUAAUGGUGUGAAGACCUAUGAUGCCUCAAAGGGUGAAUACUUUCAGUUGCGUGCUGCAAUAAUUUGGACCAUCACUGAUUUCCCUGGUCUAGGCAGUGUAUCCGGAUUUGUCACCUCUGGUCAAGCAGCGUGUCCUGAUUGCCACUCAUUGAUUUGUUCUCUCAGACUUGGAAAUGGUAGCAAGUCUUGCUACAUGGGACAUCGUAGGUUCUUACAUCCAAACCACCCAUUUAGGUCUGAUGUUGAUUCAUUUGGUGAAAGUGAGUUGAGGCCAGCACCUACUCCUCUUUCAGGAGAGGAAAUUUUGGAUUGUACAAAAAAUUUGAAAACAAUUUAUGGCAAGAAGCCAUCAGGUAAGCCAAUAAGGAAUCAGAAACGCAAGGAUGGGAAACCAUUAGUCUUUUUGAAAAGGAGACCUAUUUGGUUCACUCUUCCAUAUUGGAAGGACUUGAAAAUUCGAUAUAAUUUUGAUGUCAUGCACAUAGAGAAGAAUGUGUGUGAAAAUAUAAUUAAUACUUUGUUGGACAUUGCUGGAAAAUCUAAGGAUAAUCUGAAUGCUCGCUUGGAUCUUCAAGCUUUAGGUAUUAGAAGCGACCUUCAUCCUAUUGAACUAGAAGCUAAUCAAUUUUAUUUGCCUCCUGCACCCUACUCAAUGAGCUCUGUUGAGAAGAAAUUGUUUUGUCAAGUAUUAAAAGGGGUCAAGUUUCCUGAUGGAUAUGCCGCUGAUAUACGACAUAAUGUUCUUGUCAAUGAAAAAAAGAUAGUUAAUCUUAAUACUCAUGGCAACCACAUUCUUCUACAAGAUUUACUGCCACUUGCUGUCCGGAGAGUUCUCCCUCAAGAAGUUAGUGCUGUGCUGAUUCGUUUAAGCACGUUCUUUAGAAAAUUGUACUCUCCUGUUAUUCGAAUAAGUGACAUGCAAAGGUUAGAAUCUGAGAUAGCUGAAAUCUUGAGCCUUUUAGAGAUUAUUUUCCCUCCAUCAUUUUUUACCAUUAAUGUACAUUUGAUGGUACAUCUUCCUACCCAAGCAAGAGUGGCAGGCCCAAUCCAUUUUCGAAGCAUGUGGCCGGUGGAGAGGUUUCUAAAAAAAUGCAAGGGCUAUGUGCGUACAAAAAGUCACCCGGAAGGAUCAAUUAUGGAGGGUUCUUUGUUUGAUGAGGCUCUCACGCUUUGUUCUCGGUAUUUACAAGAUGAGACCCACUUCAACCAUAGAGUUAGAAAUCGCUUACCAACACAAAUUUGUGUUACAACUCCAUUCUUUCACAAAAUUGGUCGAGCAUUGGCUGGAAAGUGUGUUGUCAAUUUAGAUCACAAGACAUGGCUUCAAGCACAUAGAUAUGUCCUUUUCAACUAUUCCAACAUAGAACCAUAUUUAAACAAACAUGCUCAAUACCUCUCCUCAAUUGGUGUUCGAAAUCAGCGUGAGACCAACCACAUGCAACAUAAAACCUUCCAUGAGUGGUUCAGGUUACAUGUUGAGGAAACAUGUGAGGAGGCCUCAGAAGAGAUCAAAAUUUUAGCUAAGGGACCAAUGAUGAUUGCACAUCAGUAUAACAGCUACUCAAUAAAUGGAUUCAACUUCCGUACACAGUCAUAUGAUGAGAAUAGGUCUGGAAAAACAUCUUUUAUUGGUAAAAGUGCUAGACAACUUUCAAGUGCUAUUGGGUGUCAAGUUAGAAAGAAAUUGUCUAUUGCUACCACGGACUGGAGGCUUGUUGAUAUAAACAAGAAGUAUGAGUUGUGGGAGGAUAUAAAGACAUAUUAUGAUGUAGAUGCUGCUGCCUUAAACUGGGUUAUGCGCACAGCUGGAAAGAAGUGGAAGCAAUUUAAAGCAUCCAUAAAGCAACGAUACUUCAAUCCUGAAUUGUCUAUAAAAGAAAUUCCAGAAUGUCCUGAUAAGAGGGUUAAUGAUGAUGAUUGGCACUCUAUGUACAACUAUUGGAUGUCUUCUGAAUUUCAGGAUCGCUCAGAAAAAGCUAAAAUAAAUCGACAAAAGCUAAAGAUGCACCAUACAGCCGGCAGUGUGAGCUAUGCAUGUUCAGAAUAUGAUUUGGCUGUGAAACUAGGACGUCCUCCACGAAGAGAUGAAAACUUUAUCCAAACCCAUACAAGAAAAAAUGGUGUUCCUACAGAACAGGCAAAACCAAUAAUUGUAAGGCUUUGUUGUUAAUUUUUAGUACAUUUCU